AUCCACAAGCAUCCUAACCAGCAUCCCAACAUCGAAUAUCAUCACAACGACAUCAUCACUCAAGUUGACAUUUGGUUCGAUAGUUAUAAUUGGGGAUGAAACAACACUUUUAUGACGGAAAUUAGCCACCAACGGGCGUCUCAACAUCCAACCAUCAAGAGGCUUACAGCAUCAAACUCAAGACGCGUGAUUAAAAAAAGAAAAAGAGGAAAAAAAAAAACAGUAGAUGAGCGGGACGCUCAUCUUGUAGGAAUGGGCGUGUUAGGAAGCGUAGAAAAUCUCAUUCUCUGACGUAAUGUUCUCGUUCCCUGAUGUAAAUAUCUUUUGUUAAUAAAAUAUGAAAACAUAAUUCAUUAUUGGCACUGACACAAAGAAGGAUACAAGUUACGUAUAAAACGCUGCGUAACAUGAUUCCGAUAUUUUCAGUGCAAUCGCUUUGAUGUCCAGUACGCAAUUCUGUACUGCUAGUAGACAGCGUAAAAUGAGUCUCGGAUGGAAUGUCCAGAUACCGCUUAUACUAUAGCGGAGAUCGUUUACAAUGAAACAGGAUUUUCACUGAAAAAUUUUUCAGUAAAGAAUUGGAGUUUGGGUGGAUAUGGAAGCAGAAAAAAUGUGAAUAUGAACGUGAGUGUGCGCCUGUGAUUCAUGUUGUGUCAUGCCUAGCUAUAGUAAAUAAUAUUUGUCUCGCGAAUCUGAUGUCAUUUCGGCUGCUAGGCCUUUCUGGCGCACAUUGAGCAUUUUUCAAUAGAGCAUCUCGUUUUCUUGAGUAAAUUAAUGAUUAUUUUGGCAUAAUAUGGUCUUAUUAUACGUCGGAUAUUAAUAAAAGUAAAAUAACUCCAAUUCGGAAAAAACGUUUUUUUCGAUUAAAAUAUCCUCACCCAGCCUUGUUGUGAAUUUUUGUCAAAAAAUAUUUUAUUUGUAAAAUUAACAAAUUAUACACCAUUCAAUGCAAUUUUUCAUGCUGAUUCUGAAUAUUGCACUAAUUUUCAAUAAAAGUGUUUAAUGGCUGAGAAAAAUGGAAAAUACCUCAAAAUCCAGGGCUUUUUGGAAAGUCUAUAACUCGACUUCGAUAAAUAUGUACACUUUUGUGAGAAGAAAUGACACCGAGCAUUUUCGUAACCACUUUUGUGCACACUAUAGGAUUUGCGUUGAAACGGUUAUUCGCUGAUUUUUGGAUGUAGAGAUAAGUUCCAUCAAUUACGACGCAAACCUGAUCGUCAUAAUAGAUCUUUUGAGUGAUCUGAUCUAUUUGAACGGAUCUUCUGAAAAGUAUACUACGGGGGUACACAUAAGUCUUCAAGGCCUAUCAUAUAGGAGUACCUUCAAGUCCUCAAGGGCCAUACUACAGGGUAUCCUCAAGUCCUCAAAGUCUAUACUAUAGGGGUACCCUCAAGUCUUCAAGGGCUAUUCUAUGGGGGACCCAUAGAUCUUCAAGGUCUAUACAAUGGGGGAACCUAUAAGUCCUCAAGGGCUAUCCUAUGAGAGUAUCGAUAAGAAAGUAUGCAACAGCUGAAGCUCAUGGGAGCUCUGUUGUUGACUAACUCGAAACCCUUGUCAACUUAUGGAUACUCCUAUACGAUAGCCUUUCAGGACUUAUGGACAUCUCCAUAAUAUAUACCAUAGGACCUAUGGAUACUCCCCAAGUAUAGAGUUUAAGGAUCUAUGGGCGCCCCCAUACUAUAGCCCUUCAGGACAUAUGGGUGACCCAUAGUAAAGCUCUCGAAGACUUGAAGGUAUCCCCAUAGUAGAGCCCUUGAGGACUUAGGAGUACCUCCAUCGUAUAGCCCUUGAGGACCUAUACGUGCCCCCAUAGUAUAGUCCUUGAAGACUUGAGGGUACCCCUUUAGGGUUGCCCCUCAUGCGUGCCUAGAUCGGAUCUGAUGGAACAAAUCUUUCACUCAUUUAAUCUGAUCUUUGAACUGAGAUCUGAUGGACCCCUAUAUUUCCUGUACAUUUUCUUCAAAAUGCAAGAAAAUGCGAACUCUGCUGCAUCCUAUAUGAACAACUAUCGAUCUUAUAAAUGAAGAGAUUGCCAUUUGUUUUCAUAUUUUGUACUGUAUAUUCAUAUUUUGUUGAAAAGAAACAUUGUAUAAAUCUGUCACAGGUCUCGAGCAUCUGUAAAUUAUCUGUCUAAUUUAUGAGUAAACAAUUGAUUUUGCAAAUUUACAACUUAACAUAUAGAGAUGAAAAACUCCUGUCAGAAUGGGACGUGUACUUUAGUAGUGUAGAGUAAUAUGCACAUACGAAUGACUCAUAGGGAAACGCGAAAAUUUUUAGUUCGUUUCUUCUUUACACGCUUUUUUCAAUUCUGCUUAACCAUCAUAAUAUUGACGAAAAAGGAAGAAAAAAAAAAACGUGCACACAGUUCUGUAUUUAAACAUCAUCAUAUUUCUGUGCAUCGUCAUUUUUAACUACUCUUUUCACCUAUCAACGACUCGAAUAUCUUCAAAUAAUCAUUUAUUAUGUCUAAUUAUUGUUUUUUCGAUCAAUUACCUGUUGAAUUACUGCAUACAUUAUUCAUCUAUUUUUCGGCACAAGAAAUUCUUCGUACGUUUUCUAAUAUCAGUAAUUAUGUUAACUCUGUGCUGCUCAACAAUUCUGCUUACCGAUUAAAUUUCAAAUCGAUUCGAAAGUCCGAUUAUAAUCUCAUUUGUCGAAACAUUCAACCAGAACAAGUUAUUUCUCUAACAAUUUGCGAUGAUAAUGAUACACCUGGUCAGUCUCAACUUUUCUUUUCUCAUUUCCGAAUUGAACAAUUCACACGAUUGCAUUCACUUACAUUGAUCAGAAUUGAACUUCAAUCAUUAAGAACUAUUUUUUCUGAUUUGUAUAAACUCAAACAAUUGCGUUCUCUUUCAUUUGAUAUUGAAACUGUUCAAUAUAAAUAUCCCAAUGAUACACAUACACUAUUAAUUAACAAUUACACUCAAGUUAUACCUCAAUUAAAUCAUUUACAUUUAAACAAUCGCGAUGUCUUGAUGUCUGGACCACUUCCAUAUCUUCACAGUCUAAAACUUGAAAAAUGUUCAGUUAAUGAACUUGAAACAAUUUUCCAACAAACACCACAACUCAAAUCACUCUGCGUUUGUCUGAAUAUGAAUUCGUUAAAGUUUAAAUUUAACAUACCAAACAAUCAGUUGAUUCGACUUAAUCUAAAAAUCCAUGGUUAUCGUAUAUCAAUUGAAGAAAUUGAACAAUUCUUAUCACAACUUCAUUAUCUGAAACAUUUGGAACUGAUAACUAAAGGUUGGCAAAAUCUUUUCGAUGGAUAUCGAUGGCAAAGAAUAACGAAUACAUUCAUUAUGUUCAAUUUCAAAUUCGAUGCGCCAAAUAUUUUAAUGGCAAAUACUCUCGAGUCAUUUUCUACUCCAUUUUGGCUUGAAAUUAAACAUUGGUUUGUCGGAUACAAAGGCAAUUAUUUAUUUUCAAUACCACAUUUUGCUCCUGAUCAUCUCGAUAUUUCUUCGCAACCAUUAUGUAUUCAUUUGACAGCGCUUAACCACACGAUCAUCUAUGAUGGUCUUAAUAAAAUUACAAUAAGAGAAGACGAUACCAUUGAUAAAAAUCAUUAUUUUACUCAUUCCAAAGAACUUGAACUUAAAUGUUCAAUAUCGUUGAAGAAUCUUACUUCUACCAUUGAUUUAAACCAAAUAAAACAUUUAUCUAUAUUAUCAUUAAAUGAUUUAUUAGGAUUAAUUCCUCUAGAAUCUACUAUGCCUCAACUUCAUGAAUUAUCGAUUAAAGAUGAUGUGACAAGUGAUAUGAUUGAAAUAAUGAAACAUUAUCAAUUUAAACAAAUUCAUAAACUUGAAAUAAGCGUUUUUAGUGAGUACAAUGAUUAUGUGAUUGAAGAAUUAUCUCGUAUUUUUCUAUAUACACAAUAUCUUAUAUAUAAAUCCCCUAUUCAAUCAAAACAAACAAUGGUUCGUUUCAUUGAUGGAUUUAAACAUUUAUCAAAUGCAUCAUUUUACGGUGAUUCUAAAUUCUUUAUUACCGAGUAUAGUUUUCUGCUAAAUCCAAAUUCAUUGAUUAAGUAUUCACAAAGACUUACAAAAGAUAAUUUUACAUGUCGACUUUAUUAUCUAAAAACAUCUCAUAUAACAUGUAGUAUUCAUUGGUGGAUUGAUGAACAGGUAAAUCAUUUUCUUAAAAUAAAAUUAUUCUAA